GUGUGAACAGUCUCCUGCCUCCUCCGCUGCCUUCCCCACUCGGCUCAGAUCGCAAGCAGGUGCACUUGACGGUUCCGUGUCUCCGUGGCGCAGGACAGCACGGACACCCCGCCGACAGCAACGCACCUCUUCACGGCACCAGUCCUCCCAGAGGGUCCGCUGAUCGAACCGGGACUUGUGGCUCAGCUAACAGCAGCUUCCCGAUCUCUCCUCAUCACUCGGGACUUCUCCCACUCAUGCCGCUUGACUUCACUCGUUAGCGUCGAUUAAAUUGGGAGUAUACUGGUUUUAACGUGGAAUCGAAGAUGGGGAUCAAAGUGUAGCGCUGUCAGGAAUGCCCCAGACUGUGUGCUCAGGCACCAUGUUUACCACUCCCAGUGGCUUCAGCCCUCAUCUGGCCUGUGCUGAGCCUGGGGAGGAUGAGGAGACCCCACAGGAAGGCCCGGGGCCUGGGGCCUGUCUGGCCGACGGACCUCCCAUCACUUCUGCCUCCUUGGACACUCUGAUCCAGAACUUGGUGCCCACUGCAGAUUACUACCCUGAGAAAGCCUACGUGUUUACCUUUUUGCUGAGCGCCCGUCUGUUCAUUCCUCCUCCGGAGCUGCUUUCCAGAGUGUGUGAGCUGUGCAUCAAACAGCAGCAGCUGGAUCAGAGCCCACUGGACACGGCUAAAGUGCGCAAAUUUGGUCCCAAGAUCCUGCAGCUGCUCACAGAAUGGACGGAAACAUUCCCAACAGAUUUCAGGGACGAGACGAUGGUUGGACACCUGAAAGACUUCAUCCACCGGAUAGCUCCGUGUGACGAGGCGUACUGGAAAACCAUGAACCAGAUGCUGCAGAAGCUGAGCCAGAGAUUGGCCCUGAUGAGCAAGGGGGAAGAGAGCAUCGUCAAGGUCUCCCUCAACGCUUCCUCCAUCUCUGACAAGCUUGUGGCUUUCAAGACUAAACCUCCACCCAUCCAGAAGGACAUUCUCUCCAUCUGCAACGACCCCUACACGCUGGCACAGCAGCUCACCCACGUGGAGCUGGAACAUUUAAGCCGUAUUGGGCCAGAGGAGUUUGUCCAAGCCUUUGUUCAGAAAGACCCACUAGAUGGAACACAGCCGUGUUUCAGUGAUCAGAAGAAGAAAACCUCCAACCUGGAAGCAUAUGUCCGCUGGUUCAACAGACUGUGUUACCUGGUAGCAACGGAGAUCUGCAUGCCAGCCAAGAAGAAGCAGCGGGCUCAGGUCAUAGAGUUCUUCAUCGAUGUGGCGAGGGAGUGUUUCAACAUCGGAAACUUCAACUCCCUCAUGGCCAUCAUCUCUGGGAUGAAUAUGACUCCUGUGUCGCGACUGAAGAAGACUUGGAGCAAAGCCAAGACGGCCAAGUUCUUCAUCCUAGAGCACCAGAUGGAUCCUACAGGAAACUUCUACAACUAUCGGACGGCCCUGAGGGGGGCCGCUCAUCGCUCUCGGACUGCCAACAGCAACAGGGAAAAGAUUGUGAUUCCCUUCUUCAGCCUGCUGAUCAAAGAUAUCUAUUUCCUGAACGAAGGGUGUGCAAAUCGCCUGCCCAAUGGCCAUGUCAACUUUGAGAAAUUUGUGGAAUUAGCACGACAAGUAGGAGAGUUCAUGACUUGGAAGCAGGUGGAGUGUCCCUUUGAGGAGGAUCAGGCCAUCCUACACUACCUCCACACUGCUCCCAUCUUCAGCGAGGAUGGGCUUUACCUAGCUUCCUAUGAAAGUGAGAGUCCAGAGAACCAGGUAGAGAAGGACAGGUGGAAAGCCCUCAGGUCUAACGUCCUGGGGAAGACAUGAGUCAAUAAUGGCGACAAGCAACCCUCCCACCUACAUUUUGGAGCGCAUGUUCUCAUUGCACUAAACUGGACUGUGAAGGAGCCUAAAGCUGGUACUUAAGGUGUUUUUUAAUGAACAAAAUAUGGGAAGAAAAAAAACUGAUGAACAGGAUUCAUCAGCGUAAGUGUGAAACAACAUAUUUUAAGAUAUUCUGAUAAGUGGAGCUAAAUUGCAGGAUGUUGGAGAGGGACACGGCUUCUCCAUCCUCCUUCUCUUUAUGUGUGUGUUUACUCUGGAGAUGUUUACGACUUCACGACGUACGAGUUACAGGGAGAACCACUUUAUCAUGUCAAAGCCGUACUGACGCUGUCUCAAUGUUUAAUGUCUUUAUCUCUCUCUGCCCUCUUCAUUUACAACCUUGAUUAGCAGAGGUGGAAAGAGUACUAAAAAUUCCUACUUAAGUACGAGUACCAAUACUUUGAUAAUUUUUUACUCAAGUACAAGUAAAAGUACUUGCCUAAAUUUUUACUCCAGUAAAAGUAAAAAGUAUCAUAAACAACAUGUACUCACAGUAAAAGUUACUUAGUUACAUUUUUGUUAGUGUAAGGAUGGCUACAUCUAAGUAGUGCUAAAUCACAACGGCAGUUCACAAUUCGCUCGUGUAUGCACACACACACACACACACACACACACACACACUGCAGCAUGUUAGAAUCAUUUGAAUGACUAAUUCAACUACAUUGAACUGCUUUAGUAAUACUUUAAUCUCUUAUUCUGGAGUAAAAUAAAGAAACAAGCUAAAUCAUCACAUAUCUGUGGCAUCAAGAAGCAUCUUCUGAGUUCAAACACAGGGAUGGAGCACAAUGUUUACACCUGAACAGUAUCAGGAUGUUUUAACUCACAGAAGCCUGCAGGUCUUCUGUUUUAUGAGCAGAGCGCUGAUAAUCCGCUUGGUAGGAGCGCUAAACGUUAUUUUGCUGCUUCCGUGCGGAGCGGUAGACAAACACGUUUCAAACACGGAACCGAGUCUGGUUACCGAAGCGAGCAGAAUUCUGAUGACGUCACACCGGUGCGCGAAGGUGCGGGUUCCAAGCCUCAGGAGAGGAGGGAGAGAGGAUGUAAACAGCGAGUUGAUCGACUGAACUGAUGUUUUUGAGUAAAAGUGUACAACCCCCCCCCCC